UAAAUCGAAGUACCCAAAAACGAAAGGAAAACUGCCGGUGAGUCCUAGGCACUAGGCAGAGUGAAAAUCAUCGCCACUUCGUGGAGCAUGAGCAUCUGUUUACUUUUUAUUCAUCCAGAAUUUCGAUUGCAGGAAGUAAAUGAACAGAUUCAGCAUAGGAGAGUGGUAAUUCGGGAGGCAAGAGGAUGAAUUGGCAGGCCAGGCCCCUACUUGGUGCUGUUGAGUAGGCCGCGUGUUUGCUAAGUUUUUUGUACUCUUGAUUACUGUUUGGAGGUUUUGGAGCUGGAAAAUGUCAAGUUCCUUGAAUGAGGAUCACGGUUCCAGGAAUACUACAAUGGAAGAGAGUGCGAUGACAAUUGAAUUUCUCCGUGCAAGGUUGUUAUCUGAACGAUCUGUCUCAAAAUCAGCAAGGCAAAGAGCGGAUGAGCUGGCUAAGAGGGUAGCGGAACUAGAAUUGGAGCUGCAGUUCGUAUCUGUUCAGAGAAAGAAAGCUGAGAAGGCAACAGCAGAUGUGCUUGCAAUUUUGGAAAAUCGUGGAAUAAGUGAUGUUUCAGAGGAGUAUGAUUCAGAUUCUGAAAAGGACGAAAAUUCGCACAACUUUAAUCCCAGCAACGGGUCAUUGUCGAUGAAAGAAACUUCUGACAAUGUGAAACCUAGAAGUAAUGAAGGAGAGGCAUAUUCCAGUUCUGAAAUUGAGUCCUCUCCAUCCACUGGUAGAAGCUUGGCCUGGAAGAGUACUAAAGACUCACAACAUACUCUCGAAAAGAAAAAAUACAUGGAAUCGGUUAGACGAAGAGCUAGUUUUUCAUCCAUUACUUCGACAAGAAGAGUUGGUAAAUCAUGUCGGAGAAUAAGGCGCAGGGAGACCAGAUCAAUGGAGGAGAUACAGAAUGAUGGUGAUGGUGAAACUGUUGCCUCGAGAGAAGGUUCUGGAUAUGAUAAUGAAAAAGACCAUCUGGAUAGUGGAACAAAGGGGUUGCAUAGUGAAUCUCAAAAGAUUAAUGGGCAUUACUAUAGUGCGCAUGAGAGGGAUGAAGACAUGGAAAGUGCAUUGCAGCGUCAAGCACGACUAAUCGAUCAGUAUGAAGAGGAAGAGAAGGCACAGAGAGAAUGGGAGGAGAAAUUCAGAGAAAACAACAAUUGCACACAGGAGUCGUAUGAUCCGGGGAACCAUUCAGAUGUGACUGAAGAACGGUAUGAAAUGGAGGCACCCAUCGUGUCACGCGCUGCUGAAACACUGAGUUUGGUUAAACAAGAAACAAAUCACGAAUCAGCAGAUGCUCGUUUCAUUGAAGGACCCCAAAUGCCCAUGAAUUCCUUGAUUUCUGUCGAUACUGAUUCUGGAAACCUGAAGGAAGAGAAGAGCAAUGGCCUCAUCGAAUCUUCAGCAUCGGAAUUUUCAUUUCCAACAACAAAGGACAAACAACAGCCCGAGGCAUCUGAGCUCAGACUUCAACACCAUCUCCCUGCAUCUAUCAUGGCAAUGCAUCCUUCAGGAGACUUAUCUUCUCAGUUUCAUAAAGCUAUCCCGGGUAUUUCUUCAUCUCUCGAUCUUGCAGUUAUACCUAAAGACACUUCAAAUAAUUUAUCAUCUGUCCUAGAGGCACUUCAUCUAGCCAAACAGUCGUUGAAUGAGAAAAUCCACGGUGUAGCUCCAAUGCCCGCCGAAUCUUCUAGAAAAACACUACCUGUAGACACCUUUAAAGUUCCGAUUUUUCCUCCCGGUCUUUUCAGAUUGCCGAGUGAUGCUCAUCCUGGAUCAAGUCAUGCUAAUUUUCUCCCUGAAAUUGCUCCCAGUAGAUACCUUUCCGAACCUUUAGGUGGGUCGAGAAUCCCUUUUUCUAGUGGCAGUCUAUUUCACACUGCCCCCAAUAGAUCCUCAACGACGGAAAUCAGUACAGGAUCUCCACCGCAGAGGUCUUUGAGCCAGCCUCGACUAGGUGAAGGCGCUUCUUCACCUUUUGGCAGACUGAACCAUCUCGAUCCUCACAUGGCCGCAGCUCAUCCUGCAGUUGCAGAUACUUAUCUUUAUCAUCGCCCGGACAUCACUUAUGGUUUAAUCUCCAAUGAAGGAGGGCCGAAGUCUUUUCCUAGUUCGGAAGCCGGGUUGCCUCCCAUUUCGCCCGUGUCCUCAUACAUCGAUCAGUUCAGGCCAAAUAUGAAUUUCAGGUAGACGGGCUACUGCAGGUAUCGUUUAUAUAUGCACAUACAUAUAUAUAUAUAUAUAUAUUCUUGAUUAUCUAGAGAUAUGUUCAGGAGGAAUGGGAUAGUUGGAGGCAACAUGUUGUGUUUGUGAGAUAUGGUUGUUGCUGUGCUUUGUCUUCCUUUCUUCUUCUUCUUGUUCUGCGGUAUAUGUUUGUUGAUUAGAGAGAGAGAGAGAGGGAGAAGAGAGAGAGAGAUUGUGUGAUAUUUAUUUGGGCAUAAAGAACUUGUGGUUGUAUUGUAUGAUAUUGAUAUGCUGCAAGUGUGAAUCCUUUUCUUGGUUGAAAGAAAGGGAUGCUAGUAUGUGACUGACCUAUAUGGACACUCUAUUUCGUCUUUUUACUUUUAUUUAUGACACCAGAAUUCGCAACUCUUAUUCUUUGAGAUAAAUAUUGAUCGAAUUUAAUAGCUUGUA